AUGACUUUUGUGCAGAAGAGACUAAAAGGAAGUAUGAGAGUGAACCAAGUGGACAUCUGGGCCCGAAGCUCACUGCAUUCCAAAGUGGCCCAGUGGUUGGACAAAGCCAUCAAGUACUACACCAUGGAAGAGCUCCAGAAGCACAACCACAGCAAGAGUACCUGGCUGAUCCUGCAAGGCAAGGUAUACGAUUUGACCAGAUUUUUGGAGGAGCAUCCUUAUGGGAACAAGUUGGAUGCCCGGCCAGCUGGAGGUGACUCUACUGAAAACUUUGAGGCUAUGGAGCACUCUAGGGAUGCUAAAGGAUUGUCCAAAACAUGUAUCAUUGGGGAGCUGCAUCCAGAUGACAGCUCAAAGAAAACCAAGCCUUCAGAAACUCUUAUUACUAUAGUUGACUCUAAUCCCAGCAGGUGGACCAACUGGGUGAUCCCAGCCAUCUCAGUACUGGCCCUAAUGUGUUGCCUCUACACCGCGGAAGACUGA